AUGGCGCCCAAUUUCCUGUCUAAGUUCGUGAAGAACUCGCCUGCGCAUAACCUCAUAGGUCAAAACACGCAGAGGUCACGAUCUCCUUCACCUGCUCCGUCUUCUCAAUAUCCGCCAUCCAUAAGUGUCGAGCCAGACAGUCCCUCCGGUUCUCGACCGCGCCGCCAUACCACUGUCGGGAGUACUACCCCGUCCUUCCAAGGGAGUACAGAGUCCUUCCCCAACGUCACGGUUGUCCCACCAUCGCCUCGUAGCACCAACUACGGCUCCGACAUAACAGACGAAGAUCCUACCCCCAGGUCCGGUCAAUCUCCUAACAAAUUCUCUAAUGGUUCCGCACCACCUGUGCCACCGCUACCUAAUCUGAGUUCUGUCCGUCCUAUGACGAACGACGAGAACAUUUCCACGCCUACACCUGAAAGUACCCGUACUGCGUUCGCCGACCAGAUGUCAGAUACGUUGUCGCAUUCUCGGUCUACGGGAAACCUCCGCGAGAAAGCGCGUGCCCCAGAGGUGAGCUCGCGCAAUAUAAACCAUCCUCGCUCCGCGACGGUAGUGGAAUCGAAAUCCAAGGAGAGCCUUCGUCCAUCGCCGGUGAAGAAGGCGAGCAAAGGCAGCAAAACCCGCGGCUCUGCUUCCCCUGCUCUGCACCCUCUGCAGGUCACUGUCUCUGAAAAUGGUGUCCUCACGUCUUCCCCCACUUCUGCUGAAUUCCCUCUGCCAACAUCCACGUCUUCUUCCGGUUACUCCGCCAAGACAUUGCCCACAUACCCGACUAUCACAACCAGUCUGCUGGCGCCAGACAACUCGGAUGCGGCCUCGACGUAUUCCACGAAUAGCAACGCGACGUCCUCCAAAAGGCGUCGUGGAUGGCCACGAAAAUCAGGCAACAACGGCCACAACUCGGCACAGCCUGGGUCAUCGCCAGCCAUGUCCACGACGUCUCUUGCUCCCAUUUCCCCGAAGCGUAAGACGACUGGCGCUGGGACGUCAUCUAGCUAUCCGAACAGCGACUUAUCUGACCGCGAGUCGUUCCAUUCGGGGCAGGAGCUUCUCGGUGACCAAAGCGGCUUGGAGGACGACGAUGACCUUGAUCUGGAUCCAGAUGACAUUCCAGUUACUGGUUUUGCAGUUGCGAGUGCUAGACGGAACCAGGACUUCCAUGAAUUGUUCCCUACUGUUCCUGAAGGCGACUAUCUCAUUGAAGACUAUGGAUGUGCCCUGCAGCGCGAGAUACUUAUUCAAGGCCGUCUGUAUGUGUCCGAGAACCAUGUCUGCUUCCACGCGAACAUAUUCGGCUGGAUCACCGAUUUGACCAUUCCGAUGACUGAAAUCAUCACGAUGGAAAAGCGCAUGACGGCGUUCGUCAUCCCAAACGCAAUUCAGAUCAUGUCGCAGAGCGCGAAGUACACGUUUACGUCCUUCCUGUCCCGGGACAACACGUGGGAAGUCUUGCAUAAUAUAUGGCGAUUGGCGCGUCCCGAGGGGUCUUCCCUGGGCUCGCGGGUGCAAAGUCCAAGGGGCUCCAUUGAUAUGCUUGUCUCGGAUACUGGGUCUAUAGCACCCCCGUCGGCUAGCCAAGUCGGCGAGAAGAAGGGAAAGGUGCAGAACAAGGUGACGCAAUGCGCCUGCGGGACGAACGGAGAGCACCUCAGCGAAGUAGCGAUGGAGAACCAUGGUGUUCCCCCGUUCAUAAUCACGAUUGUGGCAGACCUCCAGAUUUCCGACUGGAUGCCUACUGCGGACGACCCGAAGCUGCUGUACCGGCAGAUGUCGUAUAUAAAGCCGCUGUCAGGAGGGUUUGGUCCAAAGCAGACAAAGUGCGAGCUACGAGAUGAAACGUUGCAUUGCGACUUCGACAACUACGUUUGUAUGCUCACUACGACACGGACUCCGGAUGUCCCCAGUGGCUCUGUGUUCUCCGUGAAAACGCGGACAUGCAUAACAUGGACCAGCGGUGUGUCCACGAAGGUGCUGGUGACGACUCAGGUCGAGUGGACAGGGCGAAGCUUCAUUAAAGGCAUCAUCGAGAAGUCCGCCAUCGAUGGGCAGAAAGAGUACCACGGGGACCUAGACAAGUCUAUGCGGGCGUAUAUCCACGAGCAUCAAUCCGAGUUCAUUCCUGAGGGCGUGGACCCUUCCGUCGUCGAAGAGACGGAAUCCCAGGCAGCGGAGAUGUCGCCUAGGCCUAGCACGGAGCGCCCAUCCAUUGUCGAUCAGCAGGUCCGCAAUUCUCGCGACUUCAAGCGGGAUCAACGCGGUCUCCAGUGGGCCUACGAUACUUUCGAGGGCGCGUGCAAGGUGGCGCAGCAGAGCACGGCUGGCCUGCUGGAGCUCAUUCGUGACGCAUGGGAGCAGUCGACCUCGACCACGAUCCUGUACUUUGUUAUCGUAUUCCUCGUCAUCAGUAAUGUUUGGACGCUGGCUAUGGUAGGAGGGAGGGAAGAAGCGGGAAGGAGGAAGGAGCUGAAGAGAAUGGAGGAGAGGGAGAAGUGGGUCCAGGGGAUUGUUCAGGCGCUAUGGGAGGAACUGGUCGCGUCCAAGAACACUCCUGGAGGCACGGCAUUGAGCCCUUCUCCUCGACCUAUCGCCGACUGGAGGGAAGAGGUGGGUGACAUCAAUACGGCCUUGGACAUCAUCGAGGAUAGAGUGCGGAAUAUCAGAGAAAGCUUGGCAGAGCUCGAUUGA